AUGGUGGAGUCUCCUGUCCUCCCUUCUUUGGACCAGAUGUCAUGUUUUGUCUGUGUGGGUCGUCGCUUCUACUGGACAGAACCUUAUACUUGGGGUGACCAUUUGAUGGUGCUGGACACGUGCACAAUGAGGUUUUCCACUGUCGAUCUUCUCACCGGCUACCAUCAGGAGCUCAGAGAUCUGUAUAACGAGAGCUCUGAUCCUCGGCGUCCGAAUUCUGUCGUUGCAGGUAGGGAAGGAACCCUUGAGAUGUUUUCUCUUGUCCGUCAGGAUGGCUACUUUGCUCUCUACCAUACCUCUCUACAGAAUAAUUCCCAAGAAUGGGAGCUCGAGAAGGUCAUAAGCCUGCCAGGGCAGUAUCGUGACUAUUCCAUUUCCACAGUGGGUGCAGCUGAGGGAUUCUUGUUCUUCCAAGGUGCUCCAAAAGGUAUUCGUGUUGAGAAUGUGGAUUGUUACUCAAUGUCGGUCAGGACUUAUGAAAUUACCAAAGUCUGUACAAGGAUGGAGCAGUUCCUCAAUCGCAAACGUGCUCUCCCCUGCUUUAGCUUCCCGCCGCUGUUAUUGGAACCAACUAUCUGA